AUGGCUUUUACUUCUUCUUCUUCUUCUAUUGCUUCUCAGUUUCUCCCUCCCAGAAAGCUCUCGGUAAUCCCUUUUUACUCAACGAAUUGCAGAACUUGGGCAUUUCCCACUGUUCUCACUCCAAGGCAGGCACCGUCAUUACUUUCUUCAACGUCAACCUCAACAUGCGUAGCAGCGGCGUCAAACUCAAACAACAGCACUACUUUCAAUUCCGUCAAGAAGCAAGAGAAAGAGAAAGAGAAGGAAGUGGAAGUGGAAGUGGAGGAAGAGCUGCCGUGGAUUCAGGAGAAGGCUUUGGACCUGGUCGAGUUCACCGGCUCCGUUACCCAAGCCAUUCCCGGGCCCAGAGUGGGUCCUACUUCCCUGCCUUGGAUUCUGGCUAUUCCUCUGGCUUAUGCUGGUCUUACUUUCCUAAUUGCCUUUGUCAAGACCGUCAAGAAAUUCUCUUCCCCCAAAGCAAAACGCCGCAGACUGGUCAGUAAAAAUGCCACGUUAUGCAAGUCGCUGGAUGAUUUAUUUCAAAACGGAAGAGACCAAGUUAAUCACGAAUCUCUCAAGCAAAUUGAGAAUAAGACAGGUUUUGAUUUGGAAGAAAUUUUGCGCAAGUAUAUCCGCUAUGCUCUAAAUGAGAAACCAUUCAAUCCUGACAUGGUAGCUGAUUUAAUUCAGCUAAGAAGAGCUUCUAUGCUAAAUGAUUCACACGUUGCUGAGAUUCUGAAUGAAAUUUCACGACGAAUUGUCCGAGACAAAGGCCCUAUUGUGAUGAAUAAGUCAGGUUAUACUGAAAAGGGUUUUAAGAGAAAAAUAGCUGUUCAGGCCCUUUUUGGAAAGGUCUUCUAUCUGUCUGAGCUUCCAGAGUUUUGCUCAAGAGAUAGCUCCUUAGUUGUAAAGGAAAUCUUCGGUGUUACAGAUGAAGAUGCUGACAAACUCAGAAUCUACACAGUCUCUGAAGCCGGCAGUCUAGAUGCUCUUGAGAAAAUGGUUGAUGAUUCAGAUUCAGAUUCAGAGGAUGCUAGUGACAACGCUUAA